AUGACUGGCAGCAACAGUAUGAGCAGUGGGUACUGCAGCCUAGAUGAGGAAAGCGAUGAUUUCACCUUCUUCACGGCCAAGACUUCGUUUUUUCGCCAGCCACAGGGCAAGCAGGUGGCCAAGAAAGUCCCUAAAGAGGAAGAGGAAGAAAAUCCCAAAUCACUGUCUGACGAGGAGGUGAAAGCGCAGAUAGAGGUGUACAACUCCAAAGUGUCCGAAAAUGGGAUGAAAUUAGGCACAGAUGGCAUCUUCACAGGCUUCAUCAAGGUGCACCUAAAGCUUCGGCGGCCUGUGACGGUGCUCUCCUCGGCGGGGAAGCCUCCUGGGACGGGCCCCGGCUCAGAGGGUCCGGAUAAACGCACGUCCUUCUACCUGCCUACGGACGCGGUCAAACAGCUGCACAUCAGUAGCACCACCACAGUCAGUGAGGUCAUCCAGGGUCUCCUGAAGAAGUACACAGUACAGGACAAUCCACACAAGUUUGCUUUGUACCGCCAGACACAUCGGGAUGGGCAGGAUCUCUUCCAGAAAUUGCCAGUGUCUGAGCGGCCUCUGUAUCUGAGACUGUUGGCGGGUCCUGACUUAGAGAACCUCACCUUCGUCCUAAAAGAGAAUGAGACCGGGGAAGUGGAGUGGCAUGCCUUCUCUGUACCAGAGCUGCAGAACUUCCUGGCGAUCCUGGAGAAGGAGGAGAGAGAGCGCCUGAGGCAGGUGGAGCAACGCUACAUUACAUACAGACAGAAGCUGCUGCAGGCAUUGCAAGAGGCCCAGGGCAAGCCCGGCUAG